AUGGGGAAAAAGGCAGAAGUCGGUACGCCGAAGUACCUGGCCAACAAAAUGAAGGCUAAAGGGCUCCAAAAGUUGCGUUGGUAUUGUCAAAUGUGUCAGAAGCAGUGCAGGGACGAAAAUGGUUUUAAAUGCCACACAACAUCGGAAACUCACCAAAGGCAAUUACUUUUAUUCGCCGACAAUUCCAAAAGGUACAUAGAUGACUUUUCUUUCGAGUUCGCGAAGGGAUUCAUGGAAAUUUUAAGACGGCAAUUCGGUUCAAAAAGAGUUAAUGCCAAUAGGGUGUACCAAGAAUAUAUCCACGAUCGAGACCAUAUUCAUAUGAACGGUACCAGAUGGGUGACACUUACGGGAUUCGUUAAAUUUUUAGGUAAAACAGGACAAGCCAUAGUGGAUGAAACUGAAAAAGGUUGGUACAUUACCUACAUUGAUAGAAGUCCGGAAACAGUAGAACGAGAGGAAAUGAAGAAAAAGAAGCAAAAAAUGGAUAAGAACGACGAAGAGCGGCAAAUGGAGUUUGUGGAGAAGCAAGCUAAAUUAGGGCAAGAGAAAGCUGGACCUUCAGUAGAGCCUAUUUAUACUGAUUUGGUUCGAGAAAAUGAAGAGGAGACUAUUAAACUAGAUAUUAAGUUAAAAAAUGAUAAAUUACUGACGCCUGUGGUUCAUAAUGUGUUCAAAGUCCCUAAUGUAAGCACCUCUAGCUCAGUGAAAGAAGCAAAGAAACCUAAACUAGAAGAAAAAAAGAAAUCUGUGUUGGAUGAGAUUCGAGAACAAGAAGAACUCAAAAAAGAAAAGGACAACAGAAAAGAUUACUGGUUAACAGAUGACAUUGUAGUUAAAAUUGUCACUAGAAGUCUAGGAGAUGAGUUUUACAAACAAAAAGGCAUAGUUCGUGAAGUAAUAGACAAAUAUGUAGCUAUUGUUAAACUUUUAGAUACUGGUAAAAAAAUUAAAAUAGAUCAAGAACAUUUAGAGACAGUCAUCCCAGCUUUAGGCAAGCUAGUUAAGGUGGUAAAUGGGGCAUACAGGGGCCAAACUGCUGCUUUGUUAACUGUAGAUGAGAAGAAUUUUUGUGUAGAUAUUGAGAUAUACAGUGGGUUGUUAAAAGGACGGAAAGUUUGUGGGGUCCAGUAUGAAGAUAUUUGCAAACUCAAUGACCAGUGA